AUGGCGCGUGUGAAGCCAGUGACAUUGCUCUGGCUGGCUGUUUUCCUCCUCACAUUAGUGAAACAUGUACAUCCGCUUUACUUCUACUUCGAGGCUGGCUCCUCCAAGUGCUUUUUCGAACAGCUUCCGGCGGACACGAUUGUCGUGGGUCACUACUAUUUAGAGGAGUGGGACGACAAACAAGGCCACUUUGAUAUCCCAACUGAUGUUUCGCUUGGUAUUCUGGUGAAGCAUCUGGAUUCAGAACAUACACUUGUAAAUUCGCGUGGGACACCUGAUGGCCGCUUUGCAUUCAAUUCGCAUGAGGCCGGUAACCACGAAAUAUGUUUCCAGACAGAAUUCCAAGGAGCACCUACGCAUGCGGGCCGCUUGCCGAACCUGCGGAUGCACCUCGACAUUAUAAUUGGUGACACACAUCGGUCAAACACAGAAGCAGACAAAGAACAUACACAAGACUUGCUUUCUCGCGCACGAGCCCUAAAUGCAAAGAUGCGAGACUUGCGCAAGGAGCAACAGUAUCAACGUGAACGUGAGAUGGAAUUUCGGAACACAAGUGAGUCUGUGAACUCGCUUGUUGUUUGGUGCAUUGUAUUCCAAAUAAUCGUGGUGAUUAUCUGCUGCAUAUGGCAAUUGUUCAAUCUUCGGACCUUUUUCGAAGACAAAAAGUUCCGGUAG